CGUUCAUCGUGCAGUGGUUGCAGCUGCAGGCAGAAAGAGAAUUUCGCGAGCACCGCGAUGCUUUCUCGAUGCCCGAGGAGACGUUCCGCCUGCGGUACCGCUUGACGAAGGACAUGGCGCGAUGGCUGUGCGAAGAGCUUCGCCAUGAUCUGGAGAGGCGGCGUACUGGUACGCGAACCGCCGCGACCGUCGAGCAGCAAGUGCUUUGCGCCCUUCGCUUCUUCGCUACGGGCAGCUACCAGGGCGCGAUCGCAAGCGACGAGGACUUGGCGACGAGCCAGUCAAGUGUGAGUCGCUCGAUUCACGCUGUCGUCGAAGCGAUUGUGGAGCGCCUCGGCGAUGAGUGGAUCGCCUUCCCUGCCAGCGCCCAGGAACUGGCCGCGGCGAAAGAAGGCUUUCUCAACAUGGACGCAAGGUUCGCAGGCUGCAUCGGGGCGGUCGACGGCACGUUCAUUUGUAUUCGGGCGCCGUACGACACGGACGACAACAACAAAGCGGCGUACUUUUGCCGCAAGGGCUAUUACGCCCUCAACGCCAUGGUGGUGUGUGACGCAACCCUGCGCAUCACUGCCCUGGAGCCCACAUACCCAGGCUCGGUGCACGACGCUUUUGUGUGGAGGGCAUCCACCUUGAGCCGGGAGUUCAGCGCUGGCAGCCGUGGCCAGGGUGGCGAAUUCCUGCUUGGUGACAGUGCAUAUCCGCUGCAGCCUUGGCUGCUCAACCCCAUCCCCGGAGCACAUCAAGCGGGAUCCCCUGCGGCCCAGUUCAAUCGCGCCCACUCCUCACUGCGGUGUGUCGUGGAACGGUGCUUUGGAGUCCUCAAGGCCCGCUUUCGGUACCUGCAGAGGUACAGGGCACUGUACUAUGGCCCACUCUUCACGUCGAAGAUCAUUGCAGCUUGUGUGGUGCUUCACAACCUUUGUGUCCGGCAGCAGCUGCCAGAGCCAGACGACAUCCCUGGUACUGAGGAACGUGAAGAUCCAGACCUUUACGACGAUGGUGACGACGAUGGGGCAGCAGUUGGCAUGUACCAGGCCGGUGCGCAAAGGCGGGAUCACCUUCUGCGGUGUUUUACUGCUUCCCAGGACAGCACAUGA